UGUGAUCUGACCAACCCUUUACUCAAAAUUUAAAGCCAAAACCAUAACCAUGGUUUCUGAGACUUACCAAUCCAAAAAAGUUUGUGUAAUUGGAGCUGGACCCUCAGGGCUUGUAGCUGCAAGGGAGUUGAGGAAAGAAGGUCACAGAGUGGUGGUUCUGGAACAAAACCAUGAUGUAGGAGGGCAAUGGCUGUAUGACCCUAAUGUGGAGGGAGAGGACCCCUUAGGAAGGACACCUUCUCUAAAAGUGCAUAGCAGUCUUUACACCUCUUUAAGGCUCAUAUCUCCCAGAGAGAUCAUGGGCUUCACUGACUUUCCAUUCUCAGUGAAGAAGGGUAGGGACAUGAGAAGGUUUCCUGGCCAUAGGGAACUUCUUUUGUAUCUUAAGGAUUUCUGUGACUGGUUUGGAUUAAGGGAUUUGAUAAGGUUCAAUACUAGGGUGGCAUAUGUGGGGAUGUUGGAUUAUUAUGGUACUAGUACUGAUGAUGUAGUUGGCUGCGAAGAUUUGAAAUGGGUUGUUAGGAGUGUAGAGAAGAAGACUCAGAUUGUCAUGGAAGAGGUGUUUGAUGCUGUGAUUGUGGCCACUGGCCAUUACUCUCAGCCAAGGUUGCCUUCCAUUAAAGGAAUGGAUGCAUGGAAGAGGAAGCAAAUGCAUAGUCACAUCUACCGGGUUCCUGAGCUGUUUGCCGAUGAGGUUGUGGUGGUGGUUGGAACUUCACUAAGUGGACAAGAUAUAUCAAUGGAACUAGUGGAAGUGGCAAGGGCAGUCUACCUCAGUGGAAAAUCUCUUGACAUAUCUGAGGGCUUGUCCAAAGUCAUUUCCAAGCAUGAGAACUUGCACCUUCGUCCGCAGAUAGACUGCCUUCAAGAAGAUGGGAAGGUAUUAUUUGUGGAUGGUUCUUGGGUCAUUGCAGACACCAUCAUGUACUGCACUGGGUAUUCAUACACAUUCCCCUUUCUUGACACCAAAGGAAUAGUAGCUGUGGAUGAUGACAGAGUGGGCCCUUUGUAUGAGCACACCUUCCCUCCAUCACUUGCUCCCUCUUUAUCUUUUAUAGGCAUUCCUAGAAAGAUCAUAGGGUUCCCUUUCUUUGAGUCACAAGCAAAAUGGAUAGCUCAACUACUCUCUGGGAAAAGAACAUUGCCAUCAAGGGAUGACAUGAUGCAGUCCAUUAAGGAACUCUAUCACUCAAGGGAUGUUGCUGGCAUUCCAAAGCAUAAUACCCAUGAUAUCGCAGAAUUCGAGUAUUGUGAUAGGUAUGGAGAUCAUAUUGGGUUCCCACAUUUAGAAGAGUGGAGGAAAGAGCUUUGCCUUUCGGCCCUGAGAAAUGCUGACACCGACUUAGAAACAUAUAGGGAUUCGUGGGAUGAUCAUGAGCUGCUUCAAGAGGCUCUUCAAAGUCCACAUUUCACUCAACAUGGGGCUCAAGAUUUUCCUCUGUAAACCUGAAUUAUAUUAUUAUUAUUUGCUUGGACCACGAACUUUAAGUAUACCUAUUAUAAAAGUAUUUGUUAUUGUUGA